UUCAACGGUGCAAGCAAGAUCAAAUAUUGAGGAUGAAUUUUUUAUGUAGCUAGAUGACGGGUCCAUUUGAAAAGUUCGAAUAUUCGAUUUGCCCGAGCCUGGUCCUUCCCAGCUGUGCCUUAAAUAGUACCUCACUGCAUUUGCGUUUUCAUUCCAUGGCAGUUUUUUCGUAGCCUAAGAUUUGGUGGGGCUCUGUGUUUAAACUGUGGGUGCUGUAAAUGAGGUCUAAAUUCAUGGCAAAGGCCGCUCCAAAAGCGCUCUGCCAUGUCUGGCGGUGUUUUCAGCGUAGUAGCUAUGAUGCCUGUAAGUUUAGAGCAGCGUCGCCACUGUUGGGUACUUUGCCUUACCAGUGCAUUCACCGGCGUUACUUGGUCGAGGCGAGGCAGUCACCUCAAGUUCGGCCGUGGGUAUUUAAUGGCCAGCUGCUGCAGGAACAAUUGCACAAAAAUUUGAAGAAGAAUGAUGAGCGGAUGCGGUUGGAGCAAAUCAGCCCUCCGGAGUUGCAGAAGAUUACAGUGGAGGAUAUGAGAAGAUUGGCGAGAUUGGAUCGUUUAGAGGCCUUUAAAAGAAGGCUAGAGCAAAUUCCUCAUGAGCUCAUUUCGUACAGAGAGCUUCUGCGAGUCUGUAUGGUGUCAGCAGAGCGGAGUUCUGAAGAGGAAGCCGACGCAUUUGUUAAGAUCUUAGAUGAAUCGGGCCACAUUCUUGUGUUAGGCUCAACCGUUCACCUUCGUCCACACAAGGUGGUACGAGCUUUGGAGAUGGUGAUGGAACUGUCUGUGUCUCCCGAGGCCGAUCGUCGCAGCCUAGAGCUCGCAAAUUUGGAGGAUCAGAAGAAGAAAAUUGAUGAAGAAGCUGAGAAGCGGGCAAAGGCUGAAUUAUGGUGGGGAUUGGGGUUUUUCACCGUCAAGACGGCUCUUCUAAUGAGGUGGACCUUCUGGGAGCUAUCGUGGGAUGUAAUGGAGCCCGUAUGCUUCUUUCUCACGUCGGCUUACUUUAUGGCAGGAUAUGCAUUUUUCCUUGGGACUUCAACUGCUCCUACAUUUGAGGGCAUCUUCAAAGCUCGCUUCCAGGCGAGGCAGAGGCAGAUCAUGAAGGAGAGAAAUUUUGAUCUUGAACGCUUCAAACAACUUAAUAUGUUAUUCAAGCCAAAAAAAUCUAACGCCCGUUCUAACCAACUUUAGGACUAACUUCAUUUCAUGCAAAUUUUGCCCGGAAGAGUAUUAUAACUUUUCUUUUCUUUUCCUUCUCAUCUAAUCCUAUAAUCUUACGUUUUAGGUUCAGACAUUUCUAUGGUUUCAUUUUUAAAACGGAAGCUUGAUAUUUCUUUUUGAGAUCA